AUGGCGCCGUACAGAAUUCCGGUGAUGAGGUUUAAGAGAGUGGCUGCGGCGUUUGAAGAUCAUGAGGUGGUUCGUGCACGGAUCUGUAGUGAGAGCAGUGGAAGCGAGCAUUCCCCAGGUGAUUAUGGAUCCAUGGAUUUAUCUGAUAUGGUGAAUUCAUUCAUGGAAUUGGAGGAGGAGAAAGAUAAUUGUUCUCAUGAAGACAACUCUGUCGUCGACGAAUUAGAUCAAGAGAAAAGGGAGAUCAUUAAUGAUGAUGAUGAUGAUAAUGAUGAUCAGAAACAGCCAAUUAGACACCGCAGAUCGGAAGAAUCAACGGAGGAGAUGAAGGCGGACCUUAGGAGGUUGAUGGGAUAUAACGAAUCUGUCGACGGCUCCGUCGACCCAUUCAAGGAAAAGGUCCGGUCGGAGAUAGAAAGACAACUAAAAGCCUUUGAUUUGGCAUAUGAUUCUCCUUUCCCAUCUGAAUUCAAACGCAGUUUAAUGGCUGCAUUGCGGGAAAGAGGCUUUGAUGCUGGUCUUUGCAAAUCGAAAUGGGAAAAGGCAGGAAAAUGCCCACCAGGAUCAUAUGAAUACGUAGACGUGAAGGAAGGAGGUGGUAAUCGUCGUUACAUAAUUGAAGUAAAUUUGGGUAAUGAAUUUAGCAUAGUACGUCCAACGGAAUCAUAUAAUUCAUUGAUAGAGAAUAUUCCAUUUAUAUUCGUUGGAAAAUCGGAACAUUUGAAGAGAGCUGUGAGGAUUGUCUGUAAUGCCAUGAAACAUUCUAUGCACCAAACCGACAUGUCUGUGCCGCCGUGGCGCCGACACGCCUAUUUACAGGCUAAGUGGUUCGGUUCAUACCGUCGUACCAUUAAUUCUGGGAAAACUGGACCGGCUGGUUCAAGUGAGGUAGUAAAGAGGAGAUCGGUAGGGUUUGAACCGGUUCUUGAUAAUUGCAGGAAGAAUUCAUUAUUGGUAGGGAAGGGUGGAAGGAGGAUGAUGAUUGGGCAAUUGGCUUUGGCAUUCAAUGUCAGCAGCCCUAAUUAA